GGCCCAGCUUCACUCUUCGCGGCUCCAGGAGGCCGGCACGAGGCGGGUGGGGCCGCGGCCCCUUUAAGCGCAGGCCCCGCCCCCACCCCCGAGGCCGCGCUUCACUCCCGCUGCCGCCGCCAUCAUGAUCUGCUUGGUGCUGACCAUCUUCGCCAACUUAUUCCCGGCGGCCCGCGCCGGUGUCCAUGAGCGCACCUUCCUGGCCGUGAAGCCCGACGGCGUGCAGCGGCGGCUCGUGGGCGAGAUCGUGCAGCGCUUCGAGAGGAAGGGCUUCAAGCUGGUGGCUCUGAAGCUGGUGCAGGCCUCGGAGGAGCUGCUGCGCGAGCACUACGCGGAGCUCCGAGAGCGCCCCUUCUUCGGCCGCCUGGUCAAGUACAUGGGCUCGGGGCCCGUGGUGGCCAUGGUGUGGCAGGGCCUGGACGUUGUGCGCGUCUCCCGGGCGCUAAUCGGGGCCACAGACCCAGCGGAUGCUCCGCCCGGCACCAUCCGCGGAGAUUUCUGCAUCGAGGUUGGCAAGAAUGUGAUUCACGGCAGCGACUCCGUGGAGAGUGCCCGCCGAGAGAUCGCGCUCUGGUUCAGCCCCAACGAGCUGCUCUGCUGGGAGGACAGCGCCGAGCGCUGGCUGUAUGAGUAACGGCGGGACCCGAGCUGAGCACCCCGGGCCGCAAUAGGUGUGGGUGACUUCGCACCCUCCAGGCCCUGCGGUGGGGCUCAGGACACCCUGUGGCAGGGUGGACAGCCCCCUUCGGACCUCCAAGAGGACAGGUGGGUCUGCCCCAAACGUUGGCGGCACUGUGCAGUGCGCCUGGAAACGCACCAGAGCGGAGGCCUGGCGCUCAGCUGGUCCAGCGUUUCUUUUUAUAAUAAACUGAAGAAAACGCU